AUGUCUGACAGCACAGAGGGAAGAACAAGAACAAGUAGGAAACUGACCGACGCCUUUUCUGACUUUUGGACGCUGCGGGGAACUUUUUGUCCAUGUCACCAGCAAACCUGAGUCAAGGACACCCAUCAGCCUGUAGCAAAGCUCUUUGCGUUUUCCACGGAUUAAUUUAACCUGACCGGGAUUCGAUAACCUGGUUAUGGAUUUUAACCUGCUGACGGACAGUGAAGCCCGCAGCCCAGCGCUGUCGCUCUCCGACUCUGGGACUCCGCAGCACGACCAGGGAUGUAAAGGCCAGGACAACAGCGACACAGAGAAAUCCCACCAGAACCAGCUGGAUGAGUCCAGUGCUGAGGACGGCUCUCUGAAGAAGAAGCAGCGGCGGCAGAGGACUCAUUUCACUAGUCAGCAGCUCCAAGAGCUGGAGGCCACCUUCCAAAGAAACCGCUAUCCCGACAUGAGCACCAGAGAGGAAAUUGCAGUGUGGACCAACCUCACUGAGGCACGAGUCAGGGUGUGGUUCAAGAACCGCCGUGCUAAGUGGAGAAAGCGGGAGAGGAACCAGCAGGCAGAGUUAUGCAAAAAUGGCUUUGGUGCCCAGUUCAACGGACUCAUGCAGCCCUAUGAUGACAUGUAUACGGGCUACUCCUACAACAACUGGGCCACCAAGAGCCUAGCAAGCAGCCCACUCUCCGCCAAGAGCUUCCCAUUCUUUAACUCAAUGAAUGUAAGCCCCUUGUCAUCCCAGCCCAUGUUCUCUCCCCCCAGCUCCAUCCCCUCCAUGAACAUGGCCUCUAGCAUGGUGCCCUCAGCGGUGGCCGGGGUUCCCACUACGGGGCUCAACAACUUGGGCAACCUCAACAACCUCAAUAGCCCUACUGCGCUCAACUCGGUGGCAGUGACUGCAGCCACAUGCCCCUAUGCCACCACGGCAAGUCCCUACAUGUACAGAGACACCUGCAACUCCAGUCUGGCCAGUCUGCGGCUCAAGGCCAAGCAGCACACCAACUUUGCUUAUCCAGCAGUGCAGAAUCCUGUGUCCAACCUGAGCCCCUGCCAAUAUGCUGUGGACCGGCCGGUAUGAAGAAGAAACGCAGAUGACGACCCCUGACCCAACUGACCAGCUGUAAGUUACUAUUACCCCACUUCACAUCUCUUCAGUUCCAUCUCCAAACUGCCAGAUGUGGUGCAGACUGGCCAAUCAUGUUUUGAUGGUACACAAAGAGAAUAAUCUUCAAAACUGACAUAACAAAUAGAUAUGCCCAGAUGGACCACCGCACUUCAAAGGAAUUCUUUCCAGUUUGUGAGACUUUGUUGCUGAACUGACCAACUGCUUCAAAGGAUUUCUAAAGCUUAUAUCCAUUAUCAUUUUUUUCCUUCUUUUGAAUUGCAUGAUUAGUGUAAAUAUAGAAUCCAAGAGUAAAUAAAACAUGGAAUCUUCAACUGGACUGGUGGUCAACAUCUUGGCCCAAAAACAUUAAAAGUGAUUUCUGCUGCCGUUGCAGGAAAAGGGACCUGUGGUUGUGAUGCAAGAGAAAUGGAGAAUGUAUAUAAUGGACAUUUUUUUUGUUUUGUAUGUGACAAAAAAUAUAUGAAAACGUACUUCAAAGAUGAGAAAAGCAUGUUCAUCAAAAUCAAAGGCCCUAGGUUUAUGUACUAUGAGCACAUCUUUUAGGAACUUUAAACUUUGUUGUGAAUUUUUCUCCCCUUGGAAGGUCAUUGGUCAAAGUCAUCUUGGAUGGGCAAGAGGAGGGCAGUCCUGGAACGUGAACAUAACCUCAAGUGGUUUAACACAAAAACAACAAUUUACUCAUACAUAUACUCAUACACAUACCAGAACAUCAGCAAGAUUUUUCAAGUAAAACUCUAAAAGCCAUUAAGUAUAUAGAUUUGUGUGGUGUUAUUCCAAGGGAGUCCAUGACUGUAAAAAUGUAUGUAAGAGUGCAGUUGUCAUAACAAAAAACAAAACAAAAAAAGAAACUUUUUUUCCUGGUGUAGCCUGCUUUGUCUCAUUAAAGAACCAAUUAAAGGAUCUGUUUUUAUGAACUACAGAUGGACUUUGGCACUGAACGGAAAAGUAAACAUCCAUUCAUAUCUGUAAUCUACAGCCUACGGCUUUAGUUGAGUGACAUAGACCAAAACAUAAUGUUCUCGCAACAAUGAGCACAAUGUCAUGGAAACCCCGAAUCACUUCCAUGGCAACACUUACGCAAUGAUGAAGGGGAGUAGUAGGCUGGAGGGAGAGAGGUGGGGAGAUAUAGAUGUUCCUGAUGGCUGCUCAGUGAUAUGUUUGACCUACACUCUGAGUGGUAACCACAGGCUAUCCAGUAACACAGCAGGAAUUCACAGAGGCUGAGGCUGAAGCAGGGCCAGGAUUACAUAAGAGCUUCAAGGAGCGAGGUGUCCCAGCGGAGCCACAAACAAGGGGUUAGCAGCCCAUCAAUCCCCAUAAAUGUUUAUUGCUCUGACAUUUCAACUGUUGUUGUUGUUGUUUUUUUCACACUGAUUUCUAGGUAAAUUCUACAAAGUCAAAUUUGAAAUCACACAGCUUUUCUCAAAUGUCUCGUCAUGAGGGUGGAAAUGUUUCAACAUUUAGAUUACAUAACACUGAAAUUCUGCUGCUAAAUUUACCACACAAAUUCUUCUAUUGCCGCUUAUAACCACCGGUCAUAAAAUAUCUUUUAAAGCAGCAGUUCCCAAGAGAUGGGUUGUGGUCCAAAAGUGGGUCGCUGGUCCAUUCUGAAUGGACUGCAAAUGACUUGCAAACAUGUCAAGUUUGAAAAAAAAAAACCUUUAUUUUGAAGUGCAGUAAAUUUCUGUUGAGGUUUUAUUUGGAAUGCUGUUUCCUGCUGUACAGUGAGUGACUAGCGGACAUGAACUUGACAGAAACAGCAAGCUAGCUCGACAACACAGCCAAACGAAAGUAUGACGCUGAAUAUAUUUAACUGUGUGGACAUUAAACUAAUGACUAAAGAGAAAUCUUGUCCUUGUGGCUGGGCCAGUUGGGAACCACUGCUUUAAACAAUUGUUGAACAAAGAGGAAAAAAUAAAGGAGAAACUACAUUUUUAAAAAAUAAGUUUAAAAAGUACAAUGUGUUUUGGCAUAUAAAACAUGAACAUUAAAAGAAACAAUAGACUGGCAAUUAAUAUUCAUUUUUGACCUGGCAAUUAGUGCUUUCACAUAACAAUACAGUAUAUCAACUCCCCUCACUCACUCCAAAUUUAAUUGUGAGGCCAAAAAAUUGUAUUGUGUAAACCAGGGGCAUGCAACAUUUUUUAGGGCAAGGACCCUUUAGCUGAGAGAGAGACAGAGCAGGAACCACCCAUCAGGCAUUUUCCAAAGGGGGCCCUGAUAUUUGGUGAGGUAUUCUGACUUAGAUAUUCAGGCUGCAUUCCACCUCACGUUAACAUUGUCGGUAGCAAAACUGUAGGUAGCAAAAAGGCACAGUACCAAAAUAAUGAAAUAAGAUGAUAAAGCAUUGUCAUGAAAAAAUAUGGACUUUUAACAGAUUGAAAAGAUUCGACAACAUUCUGAAAGAAAACAAAAAUCUGAUAACUGUCUAUUUUUCCUAUUAUUAUCUUAUAAUUACAUAGGGCUCUCCAGGAGACUUUCUAAGACAUUGUAGAGCAUUUUGAAAACAGAGUUACAAAGUGCUUUACAUGUCAAUAAUUAAAACAGACAAGGCAUGUAAACAACAACUUUUAAAAGAACUGAUAAAAACACUUUAGUGUAUAAAAACAGAGGAAGUAAAAGACAGUUUAAAUGAACUUAAAACUCAAGUAAAAUCAGGAAAGGCUUACUGAUAAAAGUAUGUUUUAGGAAGGGACUUAAGAGAUCACUGAAUCAGCCAACCUGAUUUCCUUGGGCAGACUGUUUCAGAACUUCAGGGUACUAAGAUGUCAUAGAUAUAGCUGGGAGAGAGACCACGAAGAGCCUUAAAGAGCCUUUAAGUAAUCAGUAAAAUCUUAAAAUCUAUUGUAAAACAUAUUGGGAGCCAGUGUAAAGUAGGCUAAAACUGGAGUGAUGUGAUCAAGGUCUCUUGGUUCUGGUUAAAAUCUCUCAACUUAAUUUUGUACAGUU